GAACGACUUUCGACCAAACAUAAACUAAGAGUCUAAAAGAAAAUCAUGAACAGGAAGGUUGCUCUCAUUACAGGUGGUAACAAGGGCAUCGGAUUCGCCACCGCGAAGAAAUUGGGCGAGUUGGGGUAUAAAGUGAUUCUGGGUGCUCGAAAUCAGGAACGUGGUAUGAAUGCGGUUGCAAAAUUAAAAAAGGACAACCUAGAUGCGCACCUCGUUAUUCUAGACUUUGAAAAUUUGACCACCAUCGAAUCUGCCGUGGGCGUCUUGAAAAAUGAACAUAAGCGUCUGGAUAUCCUUGUUAACAAUGCAGCCAUCAUGGACUUUGAUAACAACGUGUUUCCAAUGGAUAUACAGCGCCACCGCAAAGAAAUGGAUGUGAACUAUUUCGCAACGGUAGAACUCACGAACAGCCUCCUUCCCUUACUUUUAAGCUCCUCUCCGGAGCCGCGCAUCGUUUUCGUCUCAACACCGCUUGCCUCUCACGCGACGACCGACAAGCCGCACAACCGAUAUGCACACCCCCAUCUCACCUCGUAUAAGUGCAGCAAGGCGGCGUUGAACAUGUACGCCCACAAUCUCGCCGUGUAUCUCGCGAAGCAUUGCGAAGAGGGUAGCGCGAAGGCUGCAAAGGUGAACUGUUGCUAUCCGGGCUAUGUGCGCACGGAUAUGUGCUUCAAUACCGAGGAGGCCCCCCUCACACCGGAACAGGGAGCGGAAACGAGCGUUUAUUUGGCAACGCUCGGGCCCGAUGGCCCCACAGGAGGGUUCUACCAUCAUGAUAAACUCAUACCAUGGUAAACGCAUUGCACAAAAUAUGAGGGAAUAUAUAUAUUUACGUGUGUAUGUAUGUAUGUGUAUGCUUUUUACUGUAGUGGUCGCGGUUCUUAAGUCCAGGAAGCUCAAAAAAUGAGUCUUUGCUUUAGAUAGGAACAAUAUGUCAAUCUGUUAUGAAUUUGCUUCUCAAGGAACUACGUUAUAUAUAUAUAUAUAUAUAUUAAUUUAUAUGUUUUCAUUUCACGCAUAACUUUAACCCUGGACCUACUCCUUGCAUGCAGUGUGUAAAUUUGAUUGACUUCCUUUAUAAAUCCUUUUCAUUAUAACACUUCAGAAGUGGUAAAUAGUAAGUCGUUGGAAAAUGCAUUAACAAGACACUUUUCAUACUCCUUGAUUGAAACCCAGCAUCACCUAAACGGUUUGAAAAAACAUGGAGAUUAAUGAAGCGUAA